AUGAAUAGUAGUUAUUGUUCAAAACAAUUGAAAAAAGAAAGUUCUUCAAAAAAAAUUAUUGAAGAAAAUGAAAGAGUCAAAAACGUAAUUGAAAUGGGUGAAAAAUUAAAGAAAGAGAAUGAAAUAUUAAAAAAAGAGAAUAAAGAAUUAAAGAAAGAAAAUGAAAUAUUAAAAAAAGAGAAUGAAGAGUUACAACAACAAUUAUCUAAAGGUUAUAUUAAUACACUUAAAGAAAGUCCUGAAAGUUUUUAUUUUCUAAAAAGAUAUACACAAUUAAAGUCACUGAGCCUUAUUGUUGAGUACCAAAGAAAUGAUGAAGUUACUGGUGAAAUGUUAUUUAAAAUUGUUAAAGACAAAAAAAAUAUUAUGUUUGUUAUUACUUCUACUUCUGGUAAUGUUUUUGGUUCAUUUCAUUCAAAAAUUCCACAAAGAAUGAAUAGUUAUGUACCUGAAGAUAAUCAAAUGUUUGUGUUUUCAUUAAAAAAUUCAAAUAAAACUGGAGAAAUUUGUUUUACUCCACGUGAAACAAACCACCAUCUUUUAUUUUUUCCAAAAGAGAAAGAUGAAUUAUUCUAUAUAUUAGGUUGUUGGGAUAUUAAAACAAAUGACUGUGUUAUUGAUUCAGUUAAAUAUAGUGGAAAACACUUUUUUGACUGUUUUAAUGCAGAAAAUUGUUUUGAAUUUGAAAAAGAAAAUCAUUUUCAAUUUGUUUAUGUCAGAGUCUAUCAGUGGAACAACUAA